GGCAGCAGAAAUUCCGAUUUGCCUCACACCUCCUCUCCAUCUCUCGCUCUUUCCCUUCGAAGUAGCUGUAACGCGGCGAUCUUGGAAGCUCAGUCUGGAGUCGUUUCGGACACUUUUUCAUAGGAUUUAUUGCAUUUGAUGCUACCCGCAUGAAUUCUGUCUGUCUUCUUACCUUCGGACCACGCUAAUACACUAAAAGGCUCUCCACCUGGCCAGCAGCAGUGCUGAAGAGCCUCCGAACCUGUGUAAUCCCCCCUGUCGACAGCUGUUGAGCAGCUUUCACAUGAGAUAUAUCAUAAAAAGACAUCCUUGCUUGGAGGAUAACUGACAGGGAUUCCAAUGCCCCGGAAACAACUGGUCUAAAAUGGGACAUUAACGUGGAGCCUGGUUAACACCUGUCAGGAAAACCUCUGCAGCAGUUAAAUGACUCUGGCUUGCUGUCAGUGGAAACAAUGAAGGGGUUAUCAAGUAGCCGAAGCCAUCACCACGCCGUGGCCUGCGACUCCUCCUACGACUCGCUGACGCACCACUCGGACCGCAAGCCAUACCUACUGAACCCAGCCGACCCCCACCCGGCCGACCACCCCUACUACGCCCAGAGGAACUCCUUCCAGACGGAAUGCGUUGUGCCCUAUGGCACCUUCCCCAGGAGGCACUACAGCUCGCACCACGAGCUGAAGGACGAGUGCGCUGUGGUGCCCUACACCGGCGCCCUGCCCGCCAAGGGGAACCGCAUCCCACCCACCCUGCUGGACCAGUUCGAGCGGCAGCUUCCCAUCAAUCGCGACGGCUACCACACGCUGCAGUACAAGCGCACGGCGGUGGAGCAGCGCAGCGACAGCCCCGGGCGGAUACGGCACCUGGUGCACUCCGUGCAGAAGCUCUUCACCAAGUCGCACUCGCUGGAGGGCCCCGCCAAGGGCAGCGUGAACGGCAGCAAGGCUAGCCCGGACGAGGCGCCCACGCUCAAGCACCGCAAGCGCAGCAAGAGCCGGGACCGCUGCAAGUCGGCCGAGCCCAAGCACAGGUCUAACACCUCAGGCUACUGGAGCUCCGACGACAACCUGGACCGGGACGUGUGCCUCUACCACAGCCCGUCGGCCGUCAUGACCAUGGGCCGACACCCGGACAAGUCCCAGUCGCAGUACUUUCUGGAGGCCUACAACACGAUCAGUGAACACACUCUUAAAACGUCCCGCAGCAAUAACGAUGUAAAAUGCACCACCUGUGCAAGUAUCCCCCUUAGCGUGGACGCGCAGCUCAUGAAGAAGAGCUCGUGGUCGUCCACUCUUACGGUGAGCAGAGCGCGUGAAGUCUACCAGAAGGCCUCAGUAAAUGUAGAUAAAACGCUAAUGAAAUCUGAGACAUGUCAGCAGGAGCGGUCAUGCCAGUUUUUACAGGUUCCCCAGGACGAGUGGAGCGGCUUCUCGCCACUCGGGAAGGACGACGAGAUCCCCUGCCGCCGCAUGCGCAGCGGGAGCUACAUCAAGGCCAUGGCGGAUGAGGACAGCGGCGACUCCGACGGCAGCCCCAAGCCCUCGCCGAAGAUCCAGGCGAGGCGGGCCAGCUACCUGAAGGCCACCCAGCCGUCCCUGACAGAGAUGACCACUCUCAAGAUCUCCACCGAGCACUCCCCCAAACUGCAGAUCCGAAGCCACAGCUACCUGAGGGCGGUGAGUGAGGUCUCCAUCAAUAGGAGCCUGGACAGCUUGGACCCCACAGGGCUGCUCGCCUCGCCUAAAUUCCGCUCGCGAAACGAGAGCUACAUGAGAGCCAUGAGCACCAUCAGCCAGGUGAGCGAGGUGGAGGUGAACGGGCAGUUCGAGUCAGUGUGCGAGUCGGUGUUCAGCGAACUGGAGUCGCAGGCCGUGGACGCGCUGGACCUGCCCAUGCCGGGAUGCUUCCGCAUGCGCAGCCACAGCUACGUACGGGCCAUCGAGAAGGGCUGCUCCCAGGACGAGGACGGCCCCAUGCGCGCCAUCUCGCCCCCCCGGACCACCACCACAGUCAGGACCAUCCAGAGCAGCACAGUGUCAUCAUGCAUCACCACCUACAAGAAGACCCCGCCCCCGGUGCCGCCCCGCACCACUACCAAACCCUUCAUCUCCAUCACGGCCCAGAGCAGCACCGAGUCGGCCCAGGAUGCCUACAUGGACGGCCAGGGCCCGCGGAGCGACAUGACCAGCCAGUCGGGCCUCAGCAAUUCCACGGAGAGCAUCGACUCCAUGAAGGCGCUGACAGCGGCCAUCGAGGCGGCCAACGCCCAGGUGCAUGGGCCGGCCAGCCAGCACGUCAGCAACAGCACCAUCACCAUCACCGCCACCACCGCCGCCAUCGCGCAAAUCGCCGAGGAGAACAAGAGGGACGCGCUCAGGAAGUGUCUGUCCAUCGGUAUUCAGGUUGAUGGGCCAGAGGACACCCUGGGGAUGGAGGAGCACUCCAAGUUCCAGUCCGUGGGGAUUCAGGUGGAGGAGGAGAGGUGCCAUCGCAGGUUCACCCGCUCCAACAGCGUGACCACGGCUGUCCAGGCGGACCUGGACACCCUGGAGGUGUCCGACGUGCCGGUGGACUCCCCAGAAACGGACCAUCCGACAUCGGGCUCCAUCUCGCGCCAGUACUCCCGGGACGCCUGCACCUCCACCGUCAGCAUCCAGGGCUCCGGCAACCACUACCACGCCUGUGCCGCGGACGACGACUACAGCGAUGUGGGCUUCGACCCCUCCAUCCUGCCGCCGCCUGACCCCUGGAUCGACAGCGUGACGGAGGACCCCAUGGAGGUGGUGCAGAGGUCCGUGUGCCAGCGGGACGGCCGAUGGUUCCUCAAGCUCCUGCAGGCCGAGACGGACCGCAUGGAGGGUUGGUGCCACCAGAUGGAGCAGGAUGAGAUGGAGAAUGAUUUGCCGGAUGAAAUCCUGGGGAAGAUCCGCAGUGCGGUGGGGAGUGCCCAGCUGCUGAUGUCUCAGAAGUUCCAGCAGUUCCGGGAGCUGUGUGAGGAGAACCUGAACCCCAACGCCCACCCCAGGCCCAUCUCUCAGGACUUGGCUGGGUUCUGGGACAUGCUGCAGCUGUCCAUUGAGAACAUCAGCCUCAAGUUUGACGAGCUCCACCAACUCAAGGCCAACAACUGGAGACCCCUGGAGCUCCCGGAGAGGAAGGAGAGAAGGAUGCCUCCCCCUGUGCCAAAGAAACCCCCGAAAGGUCACCCCCCCUUGGCCCGAGAUAGGUCCCUGGAGAGCACGGAGAGGCAGCGCCUGGAGGCGCGGAAGCGCCUGAUGGCCGCCAAGCGGGCGGCAUCGGUGCGGCAGAACUCAGCCACCGAGAGCGCAGACAGCAUCGAGAUCUAUAUCCCAGAGGCACAGACCAGGCUAUGAGCUCUAGAGUCCCCCCUGUGACACGCUCCCAGUGUACACAUACACACAAACACACACACGCACAUACAACAAACAGACACACACAUACACAUGCACAUGCACACACACAAUGCACACACACAAACACUCCUACGGAAGGGUAAGGGCAGGGCGUUUGUAAUAUAAUCAGCCCUUUGUUAUCAUCUAUCAGAGGGUGUGGAGGAUUACCACUAAGUCGAUUAUCUUUCUAUUACCUUUUAUUUUUCUGUCUGCCCCUCUGAUCAGAAUGGGUUUUGAUCCGGUUUCUGUCCUCACCUGUGAUGUAGCUUCUCAUUCGACUCCCUGAAGGUAUAAUUGUGACCCCUACUUUGCACUUUUUUUUCCCAUUCCACCAACAUGGGCUCAGCCUCACUGCUAAUGUACCAUAGCCAUCAUGCACACUGUAAAACAUUUAUACUGAUUAAUGGGCCUUUGUGUUUAAACUCUCAAUGGAGAAGAACCCUGGCAUCCCCCCCCACCCCCCCGGCCCUCGUGUGUCCGGGUGAGGCCGGUAACGGGAGACACGGGGGAACCAUGCCGUCCCCCUCUGCGUGAAUGUUGCCGUGGGGUCCAGAUGUUUCCCCCUGGGGAGACCGAGCAGGUAGACAGCCACUACCUGUCCGAGCUGCUGUCGGUACGCUGAUUCACUCCUGCGUACCUGAGCUCUAACUGCCAUUGUCCCUGCUGAGGCUCUAUGGAGGAGAGAAGCUUUCACACGCCACUGACUGCAGUAUCCACCAACA